GUAAAUCGCUUAACAGGAGAUUCUCCAACCAUCCUUAUCCUUUCAGCCACCAUGGAGCCUAGUUUUCCUCCCCCACACGUGAGAUCCCUUCACCAGCAUCUCUCUUCCUCAAGCGCCAUCCCUGGCUUCUCCCAUGCCGAGCGUCUCAAAUGCCCAAACCUCCAAGGCCGACGUCGCCCUGCUCAGGUCCAACCAGCUCCCCUUCCUGUUGUUGUGUCCAGCCGAUGCCCCUCCCUCCAUCUUCCUCUCUACAGCAACCCUACCAUGGUUUUUUCCCUGCUUCCAUGGUGAGCUCGCCCCAGCCCCAACGUCGGACGUGCCGUCGCCCUCACGUCCAGCUCCUCCAUCCCCUUGAUUCCCUCCCUGCUCUGACCAGGUUUGCUAGGUCCGACCGUUUUGCUCACCGCGCCCUCCCCAUGCCAGCACGCAAGCGCCCUCCCGUCCCUGCUCCUCUCCAUCGACGCCCAGGCCGAUGCCGAGCUCCUAGCACCUCCCGAUGGCGUGGUCAAGCAUCUAGGUAUCAGAAUUCCUGGAUUCCAAAUCUGAGACGGAUGUUGAUGUUGACUAUAACAGCUUGUACUCAAAGCAGGACUUUCUACAGGGUUACUGAAGAAAACCUCGCAGCACUAUUUAUAAAUUGCGGGCAGGUUGUGGACUGUCGCAUGUGUGGGGACCCAAAUUCAGUCCUUAGGUUUGCUUUCAUAGAGUUCACUGAUGAGGAGGGUGCAAGGGCUGCUCUGAAUCUGUCAGGAACCGUGCUUGGAUAUUAUCCUAUCAAUGUUCUGCUGUCAAAAACUGCCAUUGCACCAGUCAACGAAACAUUCCUACCCAGGUCUGACGAUGAACGUGAAAUGUGUGCAAGGACUAUCUACUGCACAAACAUAGACAAGAAGGUCACUCAAGCAGAUCUAAAGUUAUUCUUUGAGUCCAUAUGUGGUGAGGUUGGUCGUUCUUUACUGCAAACACAAUCUCCCUUCUGUAUAGCUAAAAGUUUGCAGAAAUGGCACCAUCAAGAUUGAUCUGGAGACCAACAAGAUCAUGGACUUCAUCAAGUUUGACGUCGGCAACGUGGUCAUGAUGACCGGCGGGAGGAACACCAUGCGUGUAGGAGUGAUCAAGAACAGGGAGAAGCACAAGGGCAGCUUCGAGACCAUCCACGUGCUGCUUGGAGCUUUUUGCUAUGUCUAGUUUUCUCCUAUUUGUUGUACAGGAAAACAUAUAAUGGAAUUCAAAUUUGGUGGCCGCAAAAUGUGGAGACUUGAAUUCAUAUAAAGUUAGGCUUAACAUUAGUGCAAAUAGUUGUAUUUUAGUUUAGAUUUAGAGUACACUUAUGUAUGUGUUGUUUGACAAUGCUUAUUUAUGAUAUAUUGAAUGGUACUUAUUUAUAUUAUAUUAAUUAUAAUGUUGUUC